AUGUGCGUGAAUCAAUCUCAGGAAGAAAAUAUCUUCAUUAUCUGUCAAUGCUCGCUCAUCUCAACUAAUAAAUGGUUCAAUCAAAAACAAAAUAGAAUAUCACCAGAAAUUGAUACUACAUGGAUACAGAAUUAUAAAUUACGAACAAAUACGGAUAAUAAAAACAAAUUAAGUUGUCGAGCUUAUUUUUGGAUUAUUGCUGUUAUUCUUCGAUUUAUUCUUAUUGUGGGCGCUGCUAUUGGCAUUGCACUUGGUCUUACUCUAUAAAUCGCAUGUUCAAAUACAGGUCGUGGCGUACUUGUAUUUCAAAAUCAAACAACACCAACUUCAUGGACAUCAUAUUCACAUUCUUUUACACCAACAGGUGCUGCACCAACACUGAUAUUUGGUUUUCAAAUAGAUGGUACUAAUAGCUUUUAUUUAGAUACUGUAUCUGUCAUUGACAGUACUUUGCCAUCGACUCAGUUACUAACAAAUCCUAAUUUUGAGAAUUCUACAACAACACCAACUGAUUGGAUUAUAUCAUGUGAAGCAACAACAUGUGGUUCUAGUGCUGCUAGAAUAGUAACUAACUCUCAAUGCUCACCUGGAUAUUGUUUUGAGAGUUCUUGCUCAUCUGGUCGUUCGGCUCUCAUCUUUUUGAGUCAAACAUUUGCUACGACAAGUAGAAAUUUACAUACAGUGUCUUUUAUGUUGAAACGAACAAAUAUCGGCAGUAGUGGAAUUAUGGCUUGUUAUCUUGAUGUUAUCUAA